CUUUUCCUUCCUCUAACCAGCAUUAAUCUGUUUCUCUCGAGAAGAAUUCAGGUAUAUCAACUUUCAACACCAAAGAGUAAAGCUAACGAUGAUCAUGACUUUUACAAUCACCCUCCUCAUCUCCCUGACGGUCCUAUCCUCGCGCGCUCUCACCCUUCCCAACUCCCUUAACCCGCUUCAGCAGACGCUGCUCGACCACGACCCUCCUCCCUGUGACGCACCAUCCACCGGAACGCAGUUGCAGCAAGAUACUACCCCAAUCCACGACAGCCACCUCGGAAUCCACUACGGCCAAUGUUACAACCUCAUCCACCCGAAUCUCGGGCCGAUCGUGGACAGCACGUGGGGCGCCUGGGCGCAGCCGUGGCAAUUGCUGACCUUCAAGGAAGGCAGCAUGCGGCGGCGGUUUCAGGUCUGUCGCAACACGGACUGUGAGUCCGGAGGCCCUGUGAGGGAGAACGACGGGUUCUAUCUCAGGGAUCUGAACGGCUCGCCGAAUUCGCAGCGCCAUCCCGCCUUCCUGGCCUUUUUGGAUCUCGGGGCGCAGAGCCAGCUCUGGCCCUACGCCAACGACAACCUGGGCCGGCUGGCGGUCUUCAAGGGCUCGCCCACGGGGAACGCCGUCAGGCUCCGCCUGAAGGAGAGCGCCCACGGAUUCAACGGGCUGCAUGUCAACUCGAAUGGCUGGCCUGGGCAUAGCUAUGUUUUCACCGAUCAGCAACACAAUGGCCUGACCUUGGGGUUUAGACCUGCUUCUUGUUGAAGACAAAGCCAGACAACUGAGCAUCGGCUUGGGGUGAGGAGUGGUGCAUCACGUCGCAGUCAUCGCCAGUGCAGGAUGUCCGCACAGAAAAGGGGAGACAGAUCCAAGCAGUCCGCGCACGGCCACCGACUAAUGUUGGGGAAUGAUUUUUGCAGCAAAGACUAUCUCCGCCUAGCGGGACUGAAAACACGUCUGUUGUAGGCUGUAGUGCACAAGCACGAGGUAUUAUUAUGAAAAACCUCAUCAGUGAGUGGUGUGCAGUAGUCAACAAUUACAGCUAGCAUUUGCGGGCGGU